AUGACUGAUUCCCUUGUUCAAAAAUUAACUUUGCCAACUGGAAAAACCAUUGAAGUGAACACUGGACUAUUUAUCAACAAUGAAUUUGUUGAAUCAGUUGAAGGCAAAAGAUUCGAAACGAUCAAUCCUGCGACUGAAAAGGUGAUUUGUAAGGUUGCUGAAGCGACCGCCAAAGAUAUCGAUCGUGCAGUCGACGCUGCCACGGAAGCAUUUGAAAAAGUGUGGCGACAUUUUGACGGCAAAGAACGUGGUCGAUUAUUGUACGAGUUGGCCGAAUUAAUCGAAAGUAAUAAAGAAGAAUUGGCCGAAUUUGAAGCUUUAGAUAAUGGGAAAGCCUAUACAAUUGCCUUAUCUCAAGAUCUUGCUGCUUGUAUCGAUACAAUUCGUUAUUAUGCUGGUUGGGCUGAUAAAAUUCAUGGGAAGGUUAUUGAGACGAGUCAUGACAGAUUUUGUUACACUCGUCAUGAGCCAAUCGGUGUUGUAGGUCAAAUCAUUCCAUGGAAUUACCCUCUCGUAAUGUUGGCAUGGAAAUUAGGUCCUGCUUUAGCAUGUGGAAACACAGUCGUCUUGAAGCCAGCAGAACAGACACCACUAAGCGCUUUGAAGGUUGCAUCUUUAAUUAAAAUAGCCGGUUUUCCGCCCGGCGUUAUUAACAUCGUUCCAGGAUUCGGUUCGACUGCUGGCGCUGCCAUUGCUAGACAUAUGAAAAUUGGCAAAGUCGCUUUUACUGGGUCGACUGCGACUGGGAGAAGGAUCCUUAAAGAUGCAGCUGAAACCAACCUAAAAAAAGUUACAUUAGAACUAGGUGGAAAAUCACCAAAUAUCAUCCUCGAAGACGCUGAUCUUGACCAAGCCGUUAAAUGGGCAUAUUACGGGAUCUAUACGAAUCACGGUCAAUGCUGCUGUGCUGGGUCACGAGUCUAUGUUCAAGAUUCAAUUUAUGACAAGUUUGUGCAGAAAUAUAAAGAAUUCGCUCAAUCAAUGAAGAUUGGUGAUCCUUUUAAUCAUGAUACUUUCCAAGGACCACAAAUAUCUAAGACUCAAUUUGAUAGGAUUAUGUCUUAUAUCGAAACUGGAAAGAAAGAAGGAGCGACUUGUUUUAUGGGUGGCAAAAGGCAUGGUGAUCAAGGCUACUAUAUUGAACAGACAAUUUUCACUGAUGUGAAUGAAAAUAUGAAAAUCAUGCAAGAAGAAAUCUUUGGACCAGUCGUCGCAAUUGCCAAAUUUAAAACAGUUGAAGAAGCAAUAGAAAAAGGAAAUCUGACUAGAUAUGGUUUGGCGGCUGCUAUCUUUACGAAAGAUGUUACACGUGCAUUCAAAUUAUCGAACGCGCUUAAAGCUGGAACUGUUUGGGUUAACUGUUAUAAUAUUGUCGACAGUAAUACGCCAUUUGGUGGAUAUAAAGAAUCGGGACACGGCCGUGAAAAUGGCAAGUACGCGUUGGAAAAUUACACCGAGGUUAAAACUGUCCAAGUUAAUCUCGACGUUUAG